GCACACGUGAAAUUUCCGCCCGACUACCCGUACUCGCCGCCGUCGGUGCGGUUCCUGACCAAAGUGUGGCACCCCAACGUCUACGAGAACGGCGACCUGUGCAUCUCCAUCCUCCACCCGCCCGUGGACGACCCUCAGAGCGGGGAGCUGCCGUGCGAGCGCUGGAACCCCACGCAGAAUGUGCGCACAGUUUUGCUGUCGGUGAUCUCCUUGCUAAAUGAACCCAACACAUAUUCUCCCGCCAACGUCGACGCCUCUGUUAUGUAUCGCCGCUGGAGGGACUCUAAGGGCAAGGACAAGGAAUAUGAAAAUAUAAUCAGGUGGGUUUUGGUGGUUCCAGUAACGUCCGUGUGUCUGUGGUCCAGGAUUGCUGCAGUUUUUUCGUCAGUCUUUGCGAUAUUUUGUGUAUGUCUUUACACUUUUUAUGAAUUGUACUGAUUUCUGGUUGAUGGA